CCCUCGACGUAUGCUUCCUAUACAGACCCUUUCCCAAAUUCUACAGCGGCAAAUAUGAUGGGCUCUCUCUAUUCUACUCACUUAAUCCAUCCCAAGCUUGACUUCAGGCCAUUUCUUACCGAACUUUCACCCCUCAUCGGACCGCUAAAACUCACAAAAAUCACCAACAAUGCCACCUAAAAAAGCAGUCGAGGAUACGUCAAAAAAUGUCGUUGCCUUCGGGCGCGUCAAGAAUACCCUGAAAAUGGGUUGUGUCGGCCUCCCCAACGUCGGCAAGAGUUCACUGUUCAAUUUAUUGACUGAACAGAGUGCCAGUGCAGAGAAUUACCCUUUCUGCACUAUUGAGCCAAAUGAAGCGAGGUGUCCGGUUCCUGAUGAACAAUAUGACUUCCUUUGCGAUAUCUGGAAGCCCCCUUCGCAAUACCCAGCCUACCUCCACGUGACUGACAUUGCCGGCUUGAUCAAAGGCGCUUCAGAAGGUCAAGGUCUCGGAAACGCCUUUCUCUCACAUAUUCAAGCUGUCGAUGGCAUGUUUCAUGUUGUCCGAGCUUUUGAUAACGACGAGGUGUUGCACGUGGACGAUUCGGUCGAUCCAAUCCGCGAUCUAAACACCAUCCAAAGCGAACUCUGCAAGAAAGAUCUAGAUAUUCUCCAAAAGACGAAGAUCGCCGAGGAAGCUACGGUGAGGAAAGCAGGGGGGAAGUUCAAGAUGCUUCCGCUUUUCGAUGAGACGACAGCGAAGAUCAAGACAAUGCUGGAAGCCGACAAGCCCGUCCGCGACGGCUCCUGGACAACCGCCGAGAUCGAGCUGAUCAACGAGAAAAUCCGCCUCAUAACCACAAAACCAGUCCUCUACCUCGUCAACCUCAGCAUGAAAGACUACCUGCGCCAGAAAAACAAGUACCUCCCCAGCAUCGCCAAAUGGGUCACUGAGCACGGCGGCCAGCCCGCCGACGUCAUCCCCUUCUCCGUCGAGUACGAGCAGAAGGUCUGGAACCUGCGCGAGGACCCUGAGGCCCUCGCCGCGUUUCACGCUGAGAAUAAGGUCAAGUCCCGCAUCAGCAAGAUCGUGACGCAGGGGUUUACGAGGUUGGGGCUGCAGUAUUACUUCACGGCCGGCGAGAAGGAGGUCAGAUGCUGGGUGAUUCAGAAGGGGACGCUGGCGCCGCAGGCUGCGGGUGUCAUUCAUGGGGAUUUUGAGCGCGGGUUCAUCAAGGCGGAGGUGGUUGCGUAUCAGGACUUCCAUGACCUGUGCGAGGGCGGGAAGAGCAUGGGGCCGAUUAAGGCGGCGGGGAAGUUUAGGCAGGAGGGGAAGACGUAUGUGGUUCAGGGCGGGGAUAUUAUUCAUUUCCAGUUCAAUGUUGCGCCGCCGAAGAAAAAGUGAUCAUGUGGAGUCUUGUGUCCGGCUAUCAAGAGGAUUACAGCUUUCGAGCUAGAAUAGAUAUACAGCAGUGCUCACCACCCAAUGUAAUGAGCUUUGGGAGCUUAUAGUGAUUACACCGAACUCCAAGAAUCAAUCUAGCUGCCGGUAUGUACACAACCAAGGAAAAUUACACAAGUGCUGUUGCUGGGUAUACAUCCAAAGGCCCUCUUUGGAAGUGAGAAAAUCGCAAACUGCCCCCACCUACUUCAUCUCGCUCCAAAUCCUCCCAAACCUAUCCUCCCUGGGUACCAUGCCCGACCCCACUAUGACAUACGCC